GAGCGAAUAUAACAGGUGGCCAUUUACGGUCAGGUAUAUAUUAUUCUAUGGGAGACCGUUGCAGCAACUUGAGCUGAACAUCUUCCAUCUGCCCGGCAACAAGAACCAAGUGAAACGCUGGGAAAGCAGACGUCGGACAGAACCAGGAUGAACUCCUCCCGCCCAUAACUCCGAUACCUGGGACACCUCCACCGGCCCGCCAUGGCCGCGAUCAAUGAUGUUGGGCGCAGCGAUGAUGUACACCGGCCCAGUGUUGCGAUACCUCAGCCUUCUCCCGCACAACUACAGACCAUGACACCAGCUGCGCUUGAGAUGGCCUUUGAUCGAACGCCAGCAAUUGCAAUCGACCCAAUUGCCCUCAUCACUCAGGAAUGCAUCACGAUCACGUCCGCCAUGCGGAAACAUGCCCGCUGGGCCCAGUCUUCGGUUUCUGCAAUUCUCGGAGGAGGGGCUACAAGAUUGCAAGAGAAGGACUUUCUACGCUCAUCCUCGCAAAGUCGCCGGAGCAGUAAACGGCCCGUGAUACUAGAUCCGGGGAUGGCCAGGCUGAACGUCCCCAACACCUCGGACGAUGAAAACUCCAGCCUGGCCAGUCGAUGGGGCCUGCGAGGCCGAAAGGGAAAGAGCAUGCAGGAUAACCCCCUGCUGACUGCCUUUGCGCGUCUAAGAAGAGAUCUGGCGGGCUGCCGAGAUGUGGCUGCUGUGGAUGCUCCCGAGUUAUUGCACCCUUUCUUGCAGGUCAUACGCAGUUCUUCGACGAGCGCCGCGAUUACGAGUCUAGCGGUGAUAUCGAUCACGAAGUUCUUCGCGUACAACAUUAUCACCGUCAGAUCACCACGAAUCUCUCAAGGCAUGCACCUUCUCAGUGCCGCAAUUACCCACUGCCGGUUCGAGGCUAGUGACACAGCGGCGGAUGAGGUGGUCCUGCUGCGCAUACUGAGGCUCAUGGAGCUGAUCAUAUCCAGGCCGGAGGGUCAGCUGCUGGGGGACGAGAGUAUCUGCGAGAUGAUGAGUACCGGGUUAAGCAUGUGCUGUCAGUCAAGGCUUUCCGAGGUUCUCAGGAGGUCUGCCGAGAUGGCCAUGGUUACCAUGUGUCAGGUGGUGUUUAGCAGACUGAAGUCAUUAAAGGUGGAAGAGAUUCCGAAGUCUAGGAGUCGGUCGAAUACGAGGACAACUCUGCUUAGCGCUACCGAAGAACUGAAGAUUGAACCGCCUAUGACGGGCAGCGUCAUGGGAAAUGGUGAACCGGAGAGACCGAGUGUUGACGUGGACGGACGCACCAGUGUCGAAGACGGUAUCAGAUCCAAGGUUUCCACAGAACCGCAAAAUACCGCCGCACCGGCCAAGGAAGAUGAGUUCGAUAACGUGGAGCCAUACGCCCUUCCGUCAAUUAAAGAGCUCUUCCGGGUCCUAAUCGAUCUUCUCGAUCCACACGACAGAACACAUACGGACGCGAUGCGGAUCAUGGCCCUCAGAAUUAUCGACGUUGCCCUGGAAGUUUCUGGGCCUUCGAUAGCGAAACAGCCAGUUCUGGCAGCCCUAGUCCAGGAUGACCUUUGCCGCCAUUUAUUCCAGCUUGUCCGAUCGGACAACAUGGUCCUUCUGAACAGCUCUCUACGUGUCGCUGGGACAUUGCUGGCUACAUGUCGACAGCUGCUUAAGCUGCAGCAAGAGCUGUUCCUUUCGUACUUGGUGGCUUGUCUGCAUCCACGCGUGGAUAUUCCUCAAGAACCAGGAAUCGAUCCGUCGCUCUAUGAGGGUGUGCCUCAGUCUCCUAAAUUGGUGAAACCCGCACCAUCUCAGCCAAGCAGCGGUCGGUCAACCCCGGUCCCGAUCAAGGACAGGCAGAAACUGGGACUAGAAGGCGGUACCAGGAGGCCGGAAGCCAGGGAAGCCAUGGUUGAAAGUAUUGGCACCUUGGUCCGCAUCCCCGGCUUUAUGGUGGAACUCUUCCUCAACUAUGAUUGCGAAGUCGACCGUCAGGACCUUUGCGAAGACAUGGUUGGACUUCUGUCACGCAAUGCCUUCCCAGAUUCUGCUACUUGGAGCACUACGAAUGUGCCGCCGCUGUGUCUGGACUCGUUGCUAAGCUUCGUCCAAUUUAUUGCCGAACGUCUUGAUCACGAAAUCCCAACAUGGUCACAAAAUCGGAUAGAGAAAAUUCGUUUGCAGCGAGCGAGGAAGAAGAUCAUCAAAAGUGGUGCAUCCAAGUUCAACGAUGAUCCCAAAGCAGGAGUGGCAUAUCUGGUCAGGAAUGGCAUCAUCGCAAAUCCGGAUGAUCCUGUACAGGUGGCUCAGUUUUUGAAAGGCACCUCUCACGUCUCAAAGAGAGUCCUAGGAGAGUUCUUGACCAAGAAGUCGAAUGAACCACUGUUGGUAGCAUUCAUCGGGCUAUUUGAUUUUGAAGACAAACGCAUUGACGAGGCUCUUCGGGAAGUUUUGGGAUCUUUCCGCCUUCCUGGAGAAGCGGCACUUAUCGAACGAAUCGUCAACAAUUUUACGGAAAAGUACUGCAGGACCGUUGCGCCAGAGGAGAUUGCAGACAAAGACGCUGCCUUCGUCCUAGCCUAUGCGAUCAUCAUGCUGAACACCGAUCUCUACAAUCCUAACGUUGCGAAGACACAGAAGCGAAUGUCUUAUGAGGACUUUGCAAGAAACCUUCGGGGCGUCAACGCGGGCAAAGACUUUUCCCCGGAAUUGCUUCAAGAUAUAUACGAUGCCAUUAAAGAGAAUGAGAUCAUUCUCCCGGACGAGCACGAAAAUAAACAUGCCUUUGAAUACGCCUGGAAGGAGCUCCUGCUGAAGACGCACAAUGCGGGAUCUCUGGAGUUGUGUGACACCAAUGCCUUUGACGCAGAGAUGUUCAAGGCUACUUGGAAACCGAUCGUGGCGACCCUGUGCUAUGUCUUCAUGUCAGCUUCCGAUGAUGCUGUUUUCUCUCGAGUCGUGGUUGGGUUCGAUCAAUGCGCGCAGAUCGCGGCGAAAUAUGGAAUUACUGAAGCCUAUGACCGUAUUGUCUACAGCGUCAGUCACAUCAGCGGUUUGGCUGCAGAAAUUCCGCCAAGCACAUCCUUGAAUACUGAAGUCCAGGUUGGGAAGAAGAGAAUCAUGGUCAGCGAGAUGGCCGUGAGGCUUGGACGCGACUUUCGCGCCCAAUUAUCGACGGUAUUACUGUUCAGGAUAUUGCAGGGUCAUGAAGAUGCCGUUGGUGAGACUUGGAUUUAUGUCGUGCGCAUUCUACGGAACCUGUUUGUCAACUCCCUCAUCACAUUGCCAAAAUUCGAGCAAAGUAGAUUCGAAAGCCUCGGCCCGAUACCUUUACAACCACCAUCACAAGUCAUCGACCGAGAUGGCCGACUUAGCGAAAGCGGCAUCUUCUCAACGUUCACCUCCUACCUCUCAAGCUAUGCUGCCGACGACCCACCAGAGCCUUCGGAAGAAGAGCUCGAAAACACACUUUCCUGUGUUGACUGUGUGAAGGCAUGUCGACCUGACACUGUCCUGCAGCAUAUGGCUUCACUUCCUGCCUCGCAGAUCAAAAAUAUCGUGUCCGCUCUGCUAUCUCAGAUGGAAGAAUUGUCACCAGUCGUGACCGUCAAGCCUGAACGUCCUAUCCCCGUCACUGUCAGGGUCAAUGGCCACCGCAUGCCAAAAGUUGGACCCGAGUAUGAUCCUGGCUCCGUGUUUCUCCUAGAGCUUGCCACGCUUCUCACAUUAAGAGACGACGAAACAAUCGCUGCAGCCGGAGAGCAACUCACCAGCUCCUUGCAGAAUGCAGUUAGAGAUGCCUCCAAUCUCCAUCCUCUCGCAGCAUCUAGAGUCGUGCAUUUCCUGCUUGAAUUAUUGCGGUAUAGCUACACCUACGACUUCAUGCGUGCUCCUGUCGUUCUUCACGCAAUCUCAAGCUUUGAUGAUGCCGUGCUCGACCGAACAGCCUCGACCAUAAUCCAGGGCCUCUCCAAUGCCAUUGACCCUCCUUCGGCCUUGCGCAACGAGAUCACGAAAUCUCCGGACUUCUGGUCGACGUUACAACGUCUGCAUCAGCACAAAACAGAAGCAGAACGUGUAUUUGACAUUCUAACGCUCCUUUCUACGUCGUCACCGACCAAGGCACCAGACCAACAAGCUUUGACCGCAGAUAACUUCGAAUCAGCCAUUUCCCUUGCAAACGACUUUGCGUCUGCCGGCACCAUUGGCUCCAUCCAAGAAAAGCGCCGUGAUUUUGCUGCAAAACAGGGCCGGCAAGCCAAGCCUGCAAGACCGGAAGACAUUGUGGUUGUCCAGCGGGCGAAUAAAGCUGUCGGGCUGAUCUAUCAGCUGACGGGUCGCGUCCCAAGUCUGAUCGACCAGAGUCAUCUGGAGAGGAAUGAGGCUUGGGCUGCGUAUUGGAGUCCGAUCUUUCGGGCCUUGUGCGCGCAGUGUGUUAACCCAUGUCGUGAAGUGAGACAUCGUGCGUUGUCAGCUCUGCAGCGCACCUUGCUAUCCGAGACCGUGGCAGAUGAGAAAGGCACGAAGAAAGACCAACACACAGAAUGGACAGCAAUCUUCGACGAGGUAUUAUUCCCGCUUACGCUUAGGUUGCUGAAGCCCGAGAUAUACCAGUUGGACCCGCCCGGUAUGAAUGAGACGCGAGCACAGAUGGGUGGUUUAUUGUGCAAGGUCUUCUUGCGGUAUCUCGACCGUCUCAACGACAUCCCUCUUCUUUCUCAGACCGAAGAUGAGGAGGAAGGGAAUGGAGAUGAAAAGGAAAGCGAGCAAGAUGACGAAGAGCAGCAGAAGACAACCGCCGAAGCGAAGGGGCAAGGCAGUGGCAAUGGCAACAAAAUGACCGAUGUCUGGAUCAAGACUCUUGAGCUUCUCGACCGCCUGAUGAACGCGGGCACCGUGGUUGAACAUCAAGGCGACGCGCUCGCCGAGGCGGUCCGGGAGGGUGUGAAGAACACGCUGCUCGUCAUGGACGGGGCGGGCUAUCUUGGUCGCCAGGACCAGGCUGCUUGGGCCGCCAAAACUCCUCGCAGCCCACAUGCUCUGGACGAACAGGGCGAGGUUCAAAUCUGGCCCGAGACAGUGAGGCGCUUAGAUAGAUUCCUGCCGGGCUUGGUGCAGGAGCUGUUCCCUCCCGAGCCCGAACCGGACCAUCCUCCCGUCGCUGGUGAUGGUGCUCACGCCGCUGAUGGCGGCCAAGACGAGAAUCGUAAACCCGGGCAGACGCAGCGGGCCAGUACCGGGUCCCGACCGCAGACGCGAGAUGGCGACAAGAGAUGACCAGGCAAGCAAACAACAUAUGACGGAGUACUUACUAGCUUGCGGCUCGAAUGGGGGACAGACACGGAGGAGCUUUGGGCUUCUUUUCUCGUUGGUUCGGAGCAGUCCUGUAGGAAUAAUAGGAUACGAAAAGGACUAUCAUAAACAGA